UCGACUUUGGAAGCCAUAUUAAUCAUGAGUCCUCUUGUGGUGCAUCAGCUCCUCCUAGUCUUUUUUUGUCUAGCUAUUGCAUCUGCAUCGCCAAUGGUGAAGACGAAUUGCCCAGACAAAUGUGGGAACAUCUCAGUUCCUUACCCCUUUGGUUUUGGAAAUGAUGAAAGCUGUUACAGAUCCAUCAGGUUUGGGCUAACCUGCAACGACAGCUACAACCCUUCAAAACUGUUCUUCGGGAACUUUGAAGUUCUAGAUCUUUCAUUUCAAGGCCAAAUGCGUUUAUGGUCCUAUGUAGGUAGAGAUUGCUUCAACAAGUUGGGCCAACCAACUAUACGGAACUUCCCAUAUGCGAAAACAUUUGCGGCCACUUUUUCUUAUUCCGACACACAGAAUAAAUUCACAACUCUGGGUUGCGACACUUACUCUUACAUCAUUGGCUCCAGUGGCCUGAACUUCACGAGUGGGUGUAGCAUGACUUGCAACAACAAAUCUGAUGUGACCAAUGGUUCCUGCACUGGCAUCGGCUGUUGCCAGAACUCAAUUCCAAAGGGCUUCAAAAACUACAUUAUAAAGCUCUACAGCUUUUAUAAUCACACCCGGGUCUUUGAUUUCAAUCCUUGUAGCUAUGCUUUCCUCGUGGAUAUGAACUGGUUCAACUUCACUGUCUCAGAUCUCUUGAAUUUUAGCUCCAACGUCGAUGAUGAAGGUUUUUCGCGAGUCCCAGUUGUGUAUGACUGGGCAAUAGAUAAUAAGACCUGCGCUGAAGCUAAAACAAACAAGACUAAUUACGCAUGCGGCAACAACAGUGACUGUAGCAUCUCCAAGAAUGGUCUUGGGUAUAGCUGCAACUGUUCUCAAGGUUACCAAGGGAACCCUUAUCUUGCAGAUGGAUGCCAAGACAUAAAUGAAUGUGCAGAUCCAAUUACUAAUUCUUGCAGUGGAAUCUGUACCAAUCUUCCUGGGAGUUACAAAUGCUCUUGCCCACCUGGUUACUUUGGAGAUGGAAAAAAAAUUGGAAGGGGAUGCAUUCCUCUUCAAAAGCAAUUUCCAGUGAUUCCGGUCACCGUAGGUACUGCCUCAGGUUGCUUGUUUCUACUUAUUGUUAGUUUUUUGGGGCUUUACGUAUAUCAAAAGAGAAAGGUUGAAAAACUUAAGAAGAAAUUCUUCAAGCAAAAUGGAGGUUUCUUGUUAAAGCAACAACUAUCUUCCCGUGAAGGCCCUGUUGAAACUGCCAAAAUCUUUACAGAAGAAGAACUAAAGCAGGCAACUAACAAUUAUGCUCAAAACCAGAUACUUGGUCGAGGAGGCUAUGGUACAGUAUACAAGGGAAUUCUACCUGAUCAUAGAAUUGUUGCCAUUAAGAAAUCAAAAGUAGUUGAUGAAAGUCAGAUAGAGCAAUUCAUAAAUGAGGUGGUUAUUCUCUCCCAAAUCAACCAUAGAAAUGUGGUAAAGCUAUUGGGUUGUUGCUUAGAGUCUGAGGUUCCUAUAUUAGUGUAUGAAUUUGUUACAAACAACACCCUAUUCCACCAUAUCCAUGGUAAGGGGAGCAACUCUCCUAUUUCAUGGGAUAAUCGACUGAGGAUAGCUGCGGAAACAUCGGAGGCAAUCGCUUAUUUGCAUUCUGCGGCUUCACCACCUAUCAUUCAUAGAGAUAUUAAGUCUGCAAACAUUCUCUUGGAUGAUAAUUAUAUGGCAAAGAUUGCAGACUUUGGUGCAUCAAGGUUGGUCCCCUUAGAUCAAAAUCAAAUAAGUACAAUAGUCCAAGGAACAUUGGGGUACUUGGACCCUGAGUACCUUCAAUCAAGUCAACUAACAGAAAAAAGUGAUGUUUAUAGUUUUGGUGUAGUACUUGUGGAGCUACUAACCGGGAAGAAAGCAGUCCAUUCUAAUGGGCCUGGUAAAGAGACAUGUCUAGCCAUGAAUUUUGUCACUUCAAUCAACGAGGGUAGGGUUUGGGAAAUUCUUGAUGAUCCGAUUAUAACUGAAGGGUGCAAAGAGCAACUCCAUGAAGUUUUACAAUUGGCUGAAAGAUGUUUAAGGCUAAAAGGGAAAGAAAGGCCCACAAUGAAGGAAGUAGCAAUGGAGCUACACGGGUUGAGCAAGUAUCAGAGCCAUCCUUGGGUUGCACAGAAUCCUGAGGAGGUGGAAUGUCUUCUGGGUGAACCAUCAAACUUGCAUAGUCACAGUACUAUUGGGUACGAUAGUUUGACUAAUGGAGUACUAAUAUCAUUAGAUGGUGGGAGAUGAUUAUACAUAUUUCGAUGUCAUUGGAAUCUUCCUCCUUUGGUUUCUCUUCAGUUAUUUGUUUUUGAUUUUUUUUAUUUUUUUGAUAGAAAGUUAUUGUUUUUUA